CGCGCGCGCCGAACUCCGGCUGUUACCAAGGCAACGGGAGCCGGCGACCCCGCGAGAGGCCGCCCACGAGACCCUCGCGCGCAGCCAUGAGCCCCGCCCCCCACUGGUGUUUGGAGAGGGGCGGGACCUGGACUGAGGCUGCAUCGUGACCUCACCAUGUCCACCCCCACCACGAGUUCCCCGGACCACCCCUUGCCUGGAGAUGACCCCCCUCCGCCCAGCGCCCCCUCUUCCUCGCCCGUCGUAAAGGAGGAGGGUCUGGAGCCGUGGCCCGGGGGCCCCGACCCAGAUGUUCCAGGCACAGAUGGGGCCGGCUCAGCCUGCAGCGUGGUCGUCCCAGACCCAGGCGAGGAGCCGGAGCGCAAGCGGAAGAAGGGCCCAGCUCCCAAGAUGCUGGGCCACGAGCUGUGCCGAGUGUGCGGGGACAAGGCCUCCGGCUUCCACUACAACGUGCUCAGCUGUGAGGGCUGCAAGGGCUUCUUCCGGCGCAGCGUGGUCCGCGGCGGGGCCGGGCGCUACGCCUGCCGGGGCGGCGGAACCUGCCAGAUGGAUGCCUUCAUGCGGCGCAAGUGCCAGCAGUGCCGGCUGCGCAAGUGCCAGGAGGCCGGCAUGAGGGAGCAGUGUGUCCUCUCUGAAGAGCAGAUCCGGAAGAAGAAGAUCCGGAAGCAGCAGCAGCAGCAGCAGCAGCCGUCACCCUCGGGACCCGGGGGCAGCAGCAGCUCCGCCUCGGUGCCUGGGGCCUCCCCGGGGGGCUCCGAAGCAGGUGUCCAGGGCUCCGGGGAAGGUGAGGGCGUCCAGUUGACGGCGGCUCAGGAACUGAUGAUCCAGCAGUUGGUGGCCGCCCAGCUGCAGUGCAACAAACGCUCCUUCUCUGACCAGCCCAAAGUCACGCCCUGGCCCCUGGGCGCAGACCCCCAGUCCCGUGACGCCCGCCAGCAGCGGUUCGCCCACUUCACGGAGCUGGCCAUCAUCUCAGUCCAGGAGAUUGUGGAUUUCGCAAAGCAGGUGCCCGGCUUCCUGCAGCUGGGCCGAGAGGACCAGAUCGCCCUCCUCAAGGCGUCCACCAUCGAGAUCAUGCUGCUGGAGACGGCCCGGCGCUACAAUCACGAGACGGAGUGCAUCACCUUCCUGAAGGACUUCACCUACAGCAAGGACGACUUCCACCGCGCAGGCCUGCAGGUGGAGUUCAUCAACCCCAUCUUCGAGUUCUCGCGGGCCAUGCGCCGGCUGGGCCUGGACGACGCGGAGUACGCGCUCCUCAUAGCCAUCAGCAUCUUCUCCGCCGACCGGCCCAAUGUGCAGGAGCCGGGCCGCGUGGAGGCACUGCAGCAGCCCUACGUGGAGGCGCUCCUGUCCUACACACGCAUCAAGAGGCCACAGGACCAGCUGCGCUUUCCCCGGAUGCUGAUGAAGCUGGUGAGCCUGCGGACGCUGAGCUCCGUGCACUCAGAGCAGGUCUUCGCCCUGCGGCUCCAGGACAAGAAGCUGCCACCGCUGCUGUCUGAGAUCUGGGAUGUCCACGAGUGAGGGGCUCGGCCCCCGCCCCCCGCCCCGUAGCCCUGCACCCACCAACCAGAGGACACUGUAGCCCCUUCCUCCUCCGGGGUCGGGAGGGGGCCCGGGCUGGCCUGGGGUCCCACCUCGUGACUCGGAGCCCAGCGCCCUGCCCACCAGCCUUCGUGAGGGAACCCGGCUCGGUCGGGAUCCAGCGACCCCUCUUUGCCCACUAAGUCUUCCUGGGAGGGGUGGGUGGGUCACGGGCCCCUCCACACACUCCGAGCUGCCCUCCCGCCCAGCUUACACCUCCCCCACUGCGCUAAGCACCUUGACCAGAGGGAGGUGUGGGCCUGUGGUUCUUUCUCCCUGAAGGCCCGGGAGAUCACAGGCCCUCCUCUCCCGCUGCUCCUUUUAUUUAAUAAAAACUAAAAAAAAAUAA